UGACAGAUUCACACUGAAGCGGCGCCGGUGUGAGGGCAGCUCACUCUAAACACACAGCUGCUGGAAGACUCUAUUUUUCUGUGGAGUUUAUUUUUAAUUUAAUUUUUAUUAUUUUUUUAUUACUUUUAAUUUAUACCCAUUGUAUCUUUUCUUCUUCUUCUGGAAAAAAUGUGCUGUCACGCAAGACGAGUUGUGUAGGAGGAAAAAGAAGAUUGGAGAAAGUGCGCACUCUCUAGCACUGUUCAAAAGUGCAAAAGGCUGCACACACACACCUGCACUAACACACACACAAGAGUUUAGGAUCAUCAUCAUCAUCAUCAUCAUCAUCUUAUCUCCAUCCCUAACUCCUGCCAUGCGCUCUCAGUACCAGCUCGCGCUCUUCUUCAUCCUGCUCUGCCCAGUCAACAUCAUCGGCAUGUGGUGGGCAGUGGGCAGUCCCCUGGUCAUGGAUCCUAACAGUAUCUGCAGGAAGACGAAGCGUUUGGGCAGUAAGCAGGCCGAUCUGUGUCAGAAUCAUCCGGAAAUCGUGGCAGAAGUGGUGAAAGGAGCGAGGCUCGGAGUGAGAGAGUGUCAGUACCAGUUCCGCUUCCGACGCUGGAACUGCACCAGCCACAACAAGUACUUCGGAAAAAUCCUACAACAGGAUAUCCGGGAGACGGCGUUCGUGUAUGCCAUCACGGCGGCCGGAGUGACUCAUGCAGUAACUCAGGCCUGCAGCAUGGGGGAGCUGCUGCAGUGUGGCUGUGAGGCUCCGCCCCCUCGCCAAGCCGAAGCUCCACCCAUUGUUGAUGGGGCAUGGGACGGGGACGGGGCCUGGGAGUGGGGGGGUUGUGGAGAUGAUGUGGAGUUCGGCUACGAGAAAUCCAAACAGUUUAUGGACGCCAAGCGCAGAAAGGGCAAGAGUGACAUCCGCACUCUCAUCGACCUGCACAACAAUGAGGCCGGACGCCUGGCAGUGAAGAACUACAUGAGGACUGAAUGCAAAUGUCAUGGGCUGUCAGGUUCCUGCACACUGCGUACCUGCUGGAAGAAGUUGCCACGGUUCCGGGAAGUGGGCGACCGUCUUCUAGAGCGCUUCAAUGGCGCAUCAAAGGUGAUGGGAGGCAAUGAUGGAAAGACACUGAUUCCUGUCGGCCAGAACAUAAAAGCACCAGAUAAACAGGAUCUGAUCUAUUCGGCUGAGUCGCCUGACUUCUGUCUUCCAAACAGGAAGACGGGUUCUCCAGGGACCAGGGGGAGAACUUGCAACAGCACAGCAUUGGACGUGAGUGGCUGUGACCUACUGUGCUGUGAGAGAGGGUAUCGAGACGAAGUUGUCGUUCUGGAGGAGAACUGCCUCUGUCGGUUCCACUGGUGUUGCGUCGUCCAGUGUAAAAAGUGUUCAGUCCGCAAGGAACUCAGCCUCUGUCACUAAGUUCUUACCUGGUGGGCAAUCUAGAACUACAUUGUCCAGUUGAUGUUUGCAGAUUACCUGGCUUGUCUGCUUGGGGACAUUGACUGUCUUGCUACAGAACUUCAAUUGUGUACUCUCCUGAUGGAGUUCCAGAUUACUGCCUCAUCAGGUGGAGAAUCUAGAACAUGGACUGUUCCAGAACAUGAUUUACCUACAGAGGAUUCAUUAGAUGUGAACUGUUCUGUUGUUUGGUCUAGAUAAACCAUUCUCUUGCAGGGGAAUCUAGAAUGCUGAGGAUUUUGUUGGAUUGUAUCCUGUCUUGAUAGAGUUCCAUUUUACUAAUUGAUCAAUUGGAGAAUCUAGAACGUAUAUAGGCUGGCUUGUGGCAGAGUAACAAUCAAAUCCAGAUACUUCUGCUUAAGUUCUAGACUUCCCUUUCAAACAUUCUAUACACUACAUGUUCUGAUGGAGCUUUUCCACACUGACUCAGCUGGUGGAUAUUUUUGAAUGCUGACUCACUUUUAUGAACAUGAUUUUUUGAUUUACUUUUACAAAUAUCUCAGCUGGGGACUGUUGAAGUUCCAAGUCAUUAACUGAGCUGGUGAAAAAUCUGGACUGCUUGGUUAAAGAACUCUUAAGGUGCUGAAUCAAGAUCACUGACAUGAUAUUCCACAAGUGGCUUACUUGCAGAAUGAUCUAAAAUGCACACUCUUCUGAAGAAGUUCUAGAGUAUUGACUUACCUAAUGGAGAUUCAAUAACAGUGACUCAGUAGGUGGAGAAUCUAGACUGUGAACUGACUUCUUGCUGUUACAGAAUGUGACUUCUGCAGAGGGAUGACCAAAGAUGGACUCUUCACUUGAUGUUCUACAUAACUCUAAAACAUCUUCUGCUUAAGUUCUAAAACACAGACUCACCCAGUGGAGCUCUAGAACACUGAAUCUUCUAAUAGAGCUUUACCAACCUGACUUAUCUAGAUGAAAAUCUAGGGGAAAAAAACUACUUAAAGUUCUCAAAGUCUACUUCACUACAUGGAGAAUUUCCAGUGCUGACUGACAUUCCAAGUGGAAAUACUAGAACUUGUACUGUUCAAAUUCUAGAUCACUGACUCCUUUGCAGAUCCUGAUUUUUUCUAGAAGGUUCUGCAGGAGAACUGAGAGUAAAUAGACGUUUUAAUACUUCAAAGUUAAACUGUACUCUUCUCCUUAGAAUGAACUUCAAAACACCAAUGUUUAUUUGUUUGAUAGUUAAUUUUCAACUCUGACUCUAAACCCUUGCAGUCCAAGUACAGGCCUAGAGUCACCAGUGAUGAUGCAGAAUGCAGUAUUGGUUCUGCCAGGCAUUAAAAACAUGCGUAUGUUCCUACAUGCAUGUUCUAAUGGAGUAAAAACAAACACUGAGGGACUUGGGGAGAAAAUAUUUGUUGUGGCAGUGUGAAGAAUGCACAGCAUCAAGACAAAGAACAAAGACUUCUAUUUAUACACAAUAACAUGGCGACUACUAACAGAAUGAGAUGUCUCUGGAAUAUUCUGUCCAAAGCACUUUGAAUAUGAGAACUAUGCACAUUGUACUCUAGUGUUUAAUCUUUUUUCUUGUGUAAAACAGCAAUAUGUAAACACCCUUUUAUUUUUAUUGUUUUUUAUUACUAUUAUAUUCUUCAGUUAUUUAAUACAUAGAGCUUUUAUUAUGCACUGGCAUGAUGGCAGUUUUGUUUUCAAACCUUCUAUUCAUUUUUAUCAUUGAUUUUAGAUCACAUUCACCUACCUUAAGCAAAUUGACACUGCUCAUACUACUAUCUAUGUUUUUGUAUUUUGAUAUUCAGACCCACAAUUGCCUAUUUGCAGGAAUUCCCAUGAGCUCCUGUUUAAAGUCAUAAAUGUUUAAAAAUUACAGUUUUUAAAAAUUAAAAUAGCAUUUCUUGUAUUCAAUUCAACAAAGUCACUGCUAUAUUUUCCUCAAGAGAAGGAAACUGAAUCUCAUAAAAUCAAAACAAUGUGGAUGUUGAGUGCAAGAGAAUCUUUGUUUAAAUUACCAGAUUGAAGUGACACGAAUCAGAUUUUCUGAUUUAACAUGACAUAGGUCUGAUUUUUUCAGGACUGUGUGGAUGCAGACUGUGUUUUUUUCAAAUCAGACUUGAGACACUUUUGUAUGUGGUCUGAGAUUAGGUACAUAUCUGAUAAGUGGUCAGAUUAGGAUUCAUGUGGCUUUUUCCCUUGUGGAUGCACAUACUCUACCACUGUCAGUGUCAUUAUCCAGCAUCAGUAGUGAUUAUAUCCAGUGAGAAAAUGUGGAAAUUGAUGAUUUAUUGAUAUUUGAAUAAUUAAAUCAAGCAAAAUUGGGGGAACUGAAACUAAGUAGUGUUCAAAACAACUGCCUGAAAAACUGCUGUGCGCAUGUGGGGCAUUUCAGAGGACAGAUGUGUUCACAUUAAAGACAGAUAUUUCAGAGUCAUUCAAGGGUAAUGUGAACCCUCAACAUAGACAGAUCCAAUCUGAGCCAAAGAAACAACACAAUUCUGCAGUGAAACUGAUGUAAGCGUAACCUUGAAAAACAUGAUGACUGCAAAAUUCACAGAACCUACAUCUAGUGAUGUUAAAGUUGUGACAUUUUGCAUUUUAUACAAUGGCGUUGGUGAAUUCCUUGGAGUAAUCCUAAGGCACGAGAAGUUGGGGCUUGGGCCUAUAGUAUCAUUUAGAUACUUAUUUAAAGCCAGUAAGGUAUUUCCCACCUGUCAUUUAAUUGCACUGUAAAUGCCAUAAAAUAUUUAGCAAUCCAUAUGUGACAAAGCAUAUUAAUGCUAUUAAUGCACUCAUACCUAUUCAGAGAAAAAUUGAAUUCUUUUGGUUCUUUCGCUAGUUGCUUUAUGUUGCACAUAAUUAAACAAACCACAACGCAAAAAAUCUGAGCCCUGAGCAGUGUUCAGGGCUGAAAACAUCCUCGUGAAACUCAUAUACAUUGCUCAGAAAUAUGGAAACAGAAAAAGGAAAUAAAUGAUUAGACCUUUACAGUCUCCUCCAAAAGUAUUGUAAGAGCAAGGCCAAUUCUUUUCUUUUUGCUGUAAAAUGAAGACAUUUGGGUUUGAGAUGAAUAUGAGAUGAUAGAUCAGAAUUCCAGCUUUCAUUUCCUGAUACCUACAUCUAGACGUGUUAAACAACAUAGAAAAUGGCACCUUUGGUUUGAAGCCACCCAUGUUCAAGUGAUCAAAAACAUGUGAACAUGUGACUGACAGGUGUUUCUUGAUGCCCAGGUGUGUCCUGUUAGACUGAUUGUUUAACCGUUUAAUAGCUCUGAAUGUCUACUCUUGGUGUGAGCUCUGGAUUUCACCUGUGAAGACUGCAUUUGUUGUUUGUCCUGAAAAAGAAAGAAACCAGUGGUGUACUAACAACCAGACAUUGAACAAGUCAGCCAAGCUAAACAACAGCAGUUGAUGACAGAAACAUUGUGAGAGCUUUGCAUGAAAACCCAAAAACAACAGUCAGUGACAUCACCAACAACCUCCACAGGGCAGGGGUGAAGGUAUCACAAUCCACUUUUUGAAGAAGACUUCAAGAGCAGAAAUAUAGAGGCCACACCACAAGAUACAAACCUCUCAUCACCAGUAAGAGUCAGAAGGCCAGACUGAAAUUCACAGAGAAAUACAGAGAUGAGCCACAUCUGGAACCAAGAUGAACCUCUACCAAAGUGAUGGAAAGACCAAAGUGUGGAGAAAGAAAGGAUCUGCUCAUGAUCCAAAACAUACAAGCUCAUUGUUCAAGCAUGGUGGAGGUAGUGUCAUGGCUUGGGCUUGCAUGGCUGCUUCUGGAACAGACUCACUAAUCUUUAUUGAUGAUGGAGCUCAUGAUGGUAGCAGCAGAAUGAAUUCAGAAAUCUACAGAAACAUUCUGUCUGCUAAUUUACAGAGAAAUGCAUCCAAUCUUCAUCAUGCAGCAAGACAACGACCCAAAACACACUGCAACACAACAAAGCACUUCAUCAGGGGGAAAAGUGGAAAGUUUUAGACUGGCCAAGUCCAUCAGCAGACCUUAACCCAACUGAGCAGCAUUUCACCUCCUGAAGAGGAGACUGAAGGGAGAAACCCCCCAAAACUAACAACAACUGAAAGAAGCUGCGCUGGAAAAGCAGCACAAAAGAAGAAUGCAGCAGUUUGGUGAUGUCAGUGGGUCGCAGGAUUGAUGCACCUAAAAAUUGGGUAGUCUGCCACCAAACCCAAAUGUCUUCAAUGCAUAGCAAAAAGAAAAGAAUUGGCUUUGCCAUUCCAAUCCUUUCAGAGAGGACUGUAAAUAAAUAAAUAAAUAGUCUAAAACAUUUUGUGUGUUGCAUCCAGCAUUUUUUGCGUCUUGCAAUUCACAAAAAAAUCUACAAAAAAACACCGUAUUUCUGAUUGACUUCCUGCAGUGAGUUGAUUCAUAGUCAAAUCACUUUUUCUCAGUUCACUUAGAAGCGGACAGAGACCACCUCGCAUCGAUGUGAAAGAACCCUGAGGAAGUUCAAUUGAUUGCCAACAUCCAGCCAGUUCUCUCCUUCUACAUGUGCUUAGUGUUCUCCUGCUGUUAAUUAAAGUAAUACAGUACGAGCAGCUCACGUUCUGAUACGUUAUCGUUUCUAUAGUAACAGCUCGUUGACAGAGACGUGUACAGCGCACGCUCCACUAAUAAUAAAUGGAUUUAAGAAAUCAUUGAUAUGGUGAAGUUUUCUGUAAGGAGAUGUUUAUUUAACAUUGAUGGAAGGAGUCUCCAGUGUCAGCGCUUUGUAACAGUCAGAGGUAAAGCUGUAACUUUAAGUUUUUCAACAUUUUCAGGACAGAGGAGUUUACGCUUUGUGGUUUUUCUGUGACAUGACGAGCUAUGUUUUUUUGUCUUAUUAACUUCAAAAGAGAGAAAAAAGGGACGCUGGUGAGGGAACGCUUAAACGUAACUAUAAAUUGAUAGGUUUUUUUUAUGACAUGUUCUUUAAAAAUAACCCAUUGUAAUCGAGGCUAAAUUGCUGUGGUAUCAGAGCGCUUGGGGACGUUCAGUUAUAGGAGCUUCUGGGUGGUAACAGUAACUCAGCUUUAUCACACCACACCACUGUUGAUUGUUUUACUGUAACAGCACAACUUAGAGUGUUUUAUUAUUUACUUAUCUCUACUGUUCUCAGCCAAGGCAUGGCGAUUCGUAUGAGAAAUAUCAUUUUUAAAAAUGUAGUCAUAUGAUUUAGUUUUGACCUUUACAUUAUCACAUGCAUUAAAAUUCACAGAAACUCACUGAAUUUA